UCAGGCCAUGAACGAUAAAACCCUGCAAAUCCCCCUCCUCUCUUUCUCUCACUCUCUGUGAAAGUCUCUGCCUUUCUCUUAGCAAAGAAAAUAGGAGAAAAUGAGCAGUUGGAUGAAUCUUCUUCUACGAAUCGGCGACAAGUCCCAGGAGUACGGCACCUCCUCCGACUUCAAAGACCACAUUGAAACAUGUUUCGGUGCACUUCGGCGAGAGUUGGAGCACUCCGAGAACGAUAUUUUGGAUUUCCUUCUCCAAUGUGCUGAACAAUUGCCUCACAAGAUUCCUUUAUAUGGGACAGUGAUUGGCUUGACAAACUUGGAAAAUGAGGACUUUGUCAGGAAAGUAGUGGAGAAUACUCAAACUAAUCUUCAGGAUGCCCUAGAUUCUGGAAAUUGCAACAGGAUUCGUAUUUUUAUGCGGUUUCUGACUGCUUUGAUGUGUAGUAAAGUCCUCCAACCCAGUUCUCUGGUCGUUGUCUUUGAAACAUUAUUAUCAUCGGCUGCCACAAUAGUGGACGAGGAGAAGGGAAAUCCCUCGUGUCAAGCAUGUGCUGACUUUUACAUAACUUGCAUUUUAUCUUGUCUCCCAUGGGGAGGAGCAGAACUAAUGGAGCAAGUUCCUGAGGAGAUAGAGAGAGUCAUGGUUGGUAUAGAAGCUUAUUUGAGCAUCAGAAGGCAUGCUUCUGACAGUGGUUUGUCGUUUUUUGAAGAUGAUGAUGAAACUAAGAAUGGACUUGGUGAAAAGGAUUUCUUGGAAGAUUUAUGGAGUCGGGUACAAGAUUUAUCUAACAAUGGAUGGAAACUUGAAAGUGUUCCUAGACCUCAUCUUUCAUUUGAAGCUCAGCUGGUUUCUGGUAAGUCUCAUGAGUUUGGGCCCAUCAGCUGUCCUGAGCAACCCCAUUCACCUUCAACACUUUCUGGGAUAAAUUAUGGUAGACAAAAGCAUGAAGCGGAGUUAAUGUAUCCUCAAAGGAUACGCAGGCUUAAUAUAUUUCCCGCAAGUAAAUUUGAGGACCUACAACCUAUUGAUCGGUUUGUUAUGGAAGAGUAUCUGCUAGACGUGCUUUUCUUCUUUAAUGGAUGUCGAAAGGAAUGUGCUUCCUUCAUGGUUGGCCUGCCAGUGCCUUUCAGAUAUGAGUAUCUUAUGGCAGAGACAAUUUUCUCCCAAUUACUUAUGCUACCACAACCUCCAUUCAAGCCAAUAUAUUACACCCUGGUUAUCAUAGACCUUUGUAAGGCUCUUCCUGGGGCAUUUCCAUCAGUUGUAGCAGGUGCAGUUCGUGCUCUUUUUGAGAAAAUAGCUGAUUUAGAUAUGGAAUGUCGAACACGGCUCAUUCUUUGGUUUUCACACCACCUAUCAAAUUUCGAAUUCAUCUGGCCAUGGGCAGAGUGGGCAUAUGUCUUGGACCUCCCAAAAUGGGCCCCGCAACGUGUAUUUGUCCAGGAAGUUUUGGAGAGAGAAGUUCGGUUGUCGUACUGGGACAAAAUUAAGCAGAGCAUUGAGACCGCACCUGGUUUAGAAGAGUUGCUUCCUCCGAGGGGUGGACCAAACUUCAGAUUCAGUGUUGAUGGUGAAACAGAAAGAUCUGAACAGCAUGCACUUUCUGCAGAUCUCAGUAACAUGGUGAAAGGAAGGGCAGCUGCCCGUGAAAUUAUUUCAUGGAUUGAAGAAAGUGUGUUUCCACUUCAUGGUCUGGAAGGUACCCUCAAAGUGGUCACGCAAACUUUUCUUGACAUUGGAUCUAAAAGUUUUACACAUUUGAUCACUGUCUUGGAGAGAUAUGGUCAAGUAAUUACAAAGAUAUGUCCUGAUCAAGAUAAGCAAGUCAUGCUUAUAGCUGAAGUGGGUUAUUACUGGAAGAAUAAUGCCCAAGUGGCAGCUAUAGCAAUUGACAGGAUGAUGGGAUACCGACUUAUAUCUAAUUUGGCCAUUGUGAGAUGGGUCUUUUCUCCAGAAAAUAUUGAGCAAUUUCAUACAUCUGAUCAUCCGUGGGAGGUUCUAAGAAAUGCGGUUAGCAAGACAUAUAAUCGUAUCUCUGAUCUUAGGAAAGAGAUAUCAUCUCUUAAGAAAAGUAUUGUAUCUGCUGAAGAAGCUGCAGCAAAGGCAAAAGCGGAAUUGGAGGUUGCCGAGUCAAAGCUUACACUUGUAGAUGGUGAACCUGUUCUUGGUGAAAACCCUGUGAGGUUGAAUCGUUUGAAAUCGCGUGCCGAAAAGGCUAAAGAGGAGGAGAUAUCAGUACGUGAGUCUUUGGAGGCAAAGGAGGCUCUUCUUGCUCGAGCCCUUGAUGAAAAUGAGGCAUUGUUCCUCUCUUUGUACAAAAACUUCUCUAAUGUAUUGAUGGAACGCCUACCUGAGGCAUCUAUAGCUGGAACAUUGCGGGAGUUAAAGUCUAUUCAAGUAGAUUCAAUGGCAGUUGACCAUGAAGAAUCAUCAACGAUGGAGGUGGACAACGAGAAUGAAAGACAGCAAAAAAGUCAGCCAAAUGGUGGAAGGACAAGCAACGUCUAUAACAUAGGUGAAAAAGAGCAGUGGUGUUUGUCGACUUUGGGCUAUGUCAAGGCUUUUUCAAGACAAUAUGCUUCUGAGAUAUGGCCUCACAUCGAGAAGUUGGUUGUGGAGGUAUUAGGGGAAAAUGCGCAUCCUCUCUUUCGCAAAGCCGUUUACUGUGGCCUUCGUUGUGCGGAAGCGUGAUGUGGUUUGUUGUGUAGGGAAGCAAACGGGAAUGAGUUGGUACAUUACUUGAGAGUACUUCUUUGCCCUAACAUCUAGCGAGGCGGCUUUAUUAGGCAAAACCUUUCAUUUGUAUUUUUAGUGUUCUUUCUUUUUCCUUCUCUUCUGGCUUGUUAACAAACUAGUGACUAUUAUAAGAAACAACUUCGAUGAGAAUUAAUGUGGAUGUGUAUAUUGUACAUGGUAAGUGAUUACUUCA